AUGCCUCUACCGCCGCAGGCAUGGCGUGCCUUGGGCCAGAGCUCCCAGGCGGCAAAAGCCUCAAACUGGCAGCUUUGCCUUCAUCUCUGGCAACUGUUCCCCACGACGAAGGCCGCAACAACUGCCCUCACUGCCUCUGGCCGAGCACGCUACUGGAGGCGAAGCUUGGCCAUCUACCAGAGUCUCACAGGCAGCAAGGCGUUUGCUUCAGAUCCCGUGCCGCUCAACGCGCUCUGCGCCGCGCUGGCGCAUGCCGCGCAGUGGUCGCGCGCCCUGCAUCUUCUGGGCACCUCCUGCGAUCCUUGGCGUAACAAUGCGGUCUUGACUGCCUGUGGGAGGGCCUCGCAUUGGAUGCUCACCCUCCACCUCUUCUCGGACAUGAAGCUGCGCAGGCUUGCAGAUGCGACCAGCCUGAACGCUGCAGUCCAUGCGUGUCAGCAAGCCGCCCACUGGCAGGGAGCUCUUCAUCUUUGCAGCCACACCCCUUGGAGCAUUCCCAGUGCCUCGGCGACGCUCUCAGCGUGCGCGGCGGUGGCGGCCUGGCAUCAAGCCCUGGCCCUCUUUGAAGACAUGCUCUGUGGCUCCUCCGGCUUUCCUCGACCCGGCCCGGUGGGGGCCAGCGCUGUUCUGACCGCUCUGGGCCGCAGCACGCGCUGGGCCCAGGCUCUGGGAAUCUUUGAGGCCUUUGCAGCCACCACGGCACCCUCGAUUUCCUGCUUUGGCGCCGUCGCUGCCGCCUGCGAAGUUGGUGAAGCCUGGCAGCCCGCUUUGAGCCUCCUGUCUCAGCUGCCGCCGCUGCUUCCGGACGUUCCGCUGCUGAAUGCCAUCCUCGGUGCUUGCGGCUCCUUGGAAACGGACAGGCAUAUGGCAGGCGGAAAGUACACGAUUUGGCACGCCGUGUAUGAGCCCAUUCUAGCGGGCGAAGAAGAAGGAGAACGGGAGGGGCAAGCACGUCGUGUUUUGGGGUUGGAGGACUUUCACGGCCACGAUGGGCCCAGCCUGCAGCUGGGAAACGUGUUCACGUGCCUGGCCUUGCGUGUGAUCUCUCCUUUUUCUCUGCCUGUGGUCAUGUUGCUCCUCAAGAUGAAAUGGAUGCGGCCCGUACUAGAUGAUGGCACGGACACGGUCGCGCAGGCGAUGAGGGUAUUGUCGCUGUAUUCUGCAACGCCCGAUGAUCAGUUCUUUCUCUUCUGCAGCCUCCUCUUGUAUUUCUGCAACGAUUCCUACAGAAGCACGGGGCCACUCGUUGCUGUGCUCUUUCCUUGGGCCAUCUUCCUUGCAAUCAUUCCGAGCAAAAUGGCAGCCCAAGCGUCUGCUACUGACAGGCCAUCGGAGGUUCAAUGCUCCAAGUUUGUGCAAUUCCUCAUGAUAAUUGCCAGGCAAGGUGGGAUCCCGGAUGAGACCAUCAAGCACAUGGAUUGUGAUGGGAAAGAGGAAAGUUGCGACAGGGCCAUGCGGCUGCUCAGCCAGAAAGACUGGAGCGUCCGAUACUAUCAUUGGGACUGGAGCGUCCGAUGCUAUUCUUGGUUCGCGGACCAGCUGCCCAUACAGGUGAAGGUGCAAAAGUUGGGGAUAGCAGACAUCCUGCGCUUGGCAGGUUCAAGGGGAUCUGCUGCAACUGUAAAUAGAAUGAGAAUUUUCUCAGAGGAUGGCAAGUUGGUCGGGGACAGCAGCUGGAUGGCCAAAUGGCCCGACACAGAUCGUUUCGUAGCGCAGCAGAAGCGGAUCAACAAUUUGGCCCACAUUACGCUGCAUGUACCCCCCCACCCCACUGAAAAGACUCCAGCCAACCUCGACCUGCUUGAGUGCUACAAGGCCCGUUUGCUAGCAGGUGAGAUGAAAGCUGCAGACUUUACCAACCAAGUCUCGGUGGACUUCCCCAUCCCAGCACCGUUCUGGGUGACAGCCAUGCAUUCUUUAGCCUCCGUGCUUUGGGCAUGUGCACUUGCUGCUUCAGUCUGCCUCUCCUCGUUAAUGCCUCAAUGGCAUUCGCGUGGCACCCUUCAGCACUGGUUCAUGUUCCUCCUGUUCGCUUGGUAUGGUCAAGUUGCCGCUUCUGGAUUGUUUUCUGGGCGUAUGCUCCAGCAAGAUAUCCCGGAACUGAAGAGGAGGCUUCGUGAACUCAAGGUCUUAAAUUCCAUGCUAGCCGGUCAGGCAGCUGCUGCGCAAAGGUGCUUGCCCGUGGUGAGGCUGCAGGUCCCACAAGACUUGCUGGUUUGGGCGGAGGUGCGAGAGCUUUUAUUGGCCCGCUAUUCUGCACGUCAGCUGGAGAUGGAAACGUCCACCCUUGUUACUACGCUCCUCACACUUGGGAUGGCUGCCUGCAGCCUGUACUAUGCCUUGCAAGAAGAUUGGGAUCCAGGUCUCCUGAGUGUACUGGCACUUCAGCAAAUGCUUUUGUACAUCAUCGCAAGCUUACCCUUCUUCGUGAUGGGGGUCCUUGUCAACAUGGAGGGCAGCAAGUCCUUAGAUCUCAUGUCUCAGCAUGCUCUUCAAGCCCAGCUCGCCCUAUGUCAGCCUGGAGUCGCUAGCGCCGAAGAAAGAGAGCACAUCCAAGAGACCGUGACGAUGGCCGGCCUUCUGGUGCAGCGGCUCCGGGAUGACUCCUCCGCUGAGGUACACAUCCUCGGGUUGAAGCUUACACCCAGCACGGCAUCUGCUAUUGCAUCUGCAGUCGCCAGUGCCUUGGCAUUCACUUUGAGGAGUUUGCCCAUGCGAGAGAUCGAGGACAAGCUCCAUGAGAGCGACGCGUGGGAGAAUAUCACCUCGAUCUUGGCAAAUGUGACACGAACGGCGUAG